CACAAACUCACUUUAAUUCUACACUCCACUACAUUUCUCUACUGAGCAACUCAUAUUGAUAUUCUAACAUGGGCUGGUUUUGGGGCUCCACGCCCGACCCAACCAAGAACCUCGACCCGGAACUGCAAGAGUACCUGAGGCAAGAAACGCCAGCGCCAUACACCCUCCCAGACAGCGCCAGCACUACCACCACCAACCCAUCCUCAAAUAAUGCCUCCUCUUCUCCUACGUCUGUACCCUCUCUAUUCCCCGACGGCCGCUACGCCCACCUCUGGAAAACAUACAAGCCCCUCGCCGAAACCGAGUCAACACACUCGCAAGCCGCAGCAGAGCGCGUAAUCGAGAAAUUCAAGGCCCGCAAGGACGCCGUGCAGGACGCGGCCAUGGAGAACUGCGCGCUGGAGCACGAGGCCCUAUCGACCUGUUUUCAGAAGGGGGAUUGGUGGAGUAUGGCGAAGGCGCGGGCGACGAUGUGUGCGGACGAGAAUCGGAAGUUUUCGCGCUGUUUUACGACGCAGGCUAAAUUCCUGCAGGCGCUCGGAUACGCGGCGGCAAUGGAGUGGGAUGCGGAGAAAGAAGAGCGCAUUCAGAUGCACGCCGACAAGCUCUAUCACCAGAUGCUCGACUACGAGCGGCGCGUAGCCGAGGCGCGGGCCGCAGGCGACGAGCCACCGCCGAUUACGUCUCUGUUCAGCCCGACAUCGACGCCAGUUCCAAUGAGCCAGGAUGAUAAUAUCACACCGGGCGGCGAGCAGCUGCCUGCGGGCUUCACACCGCCGAACUCACUCAAAGGCCUCACGCCGCACGAACGCGAACUUGAGAUUCGGUCGAUCAAUGCGGAUCUUCAGCAGAAAAGGAUGUAUGUCGACGAGGCCUCGCCGUAUCUGCAGAUGCAGCAGGAGGCGCGGAAUAAGAGGCAGGAGAAGGCCAAGAGCUGGUUUGGCGAGACAAUUGGGAAGUGGAUUACGUGAUUAUCGAUUAUCUCAAUGUAAAUAUUAAACAUUUGAACAUUACGGUUGAUGAGUGAAAUUGUUUUAAUAUCGUGUAUUAAUAUAUUAUAUUUGAUCAUGGCAAUGAGUAUGCAUGUAUGGAGAAGUAAGACUGAGCAGACUACUGUUGUGACAGUCGGU